AGGUUUCUAUCCGCUAAAAGCCAACCUGCAACAAUUGCUUCCAUCACAAAAAUAAAUAUCAGAAUUAAAAAGAAUUGCCAUACAAAUUUAAGCAAAUAACUGCCAACAUUUUUGAAAAAGAAACAAAUGCCGCCAGCCGUAGAGCAUGCACCGAUAUUUGUGAAUCUCCAAUAACCGGAAGCUUUGAUUCCCGCUUUAAAUGCUCAAAGCUCCACUUAGCACAGCCCACAACCGACGUAUAAGUGAACCGCGCUGGUUCGAGUCUCCACUGAGCCGUGAGAGAGAAAGAGCGUGAGAGCGAGCAACAACAUCAUCCACUCCACAGCAACACCAUGGACGCUCCAGAUGUGGGACGCAUUAUAAGGGCGCCAGCGCGACGCAAAAGAAACGAUGAGCAGUUGAUGGAUAGGAUAAAACUCAAAAAAGUCUUGGGUCUGACUGUGUGCAGCAAUGCGGCGUUGGAUGUUUCACCAGUCAGCGGCCUCCUGGCCUAUCCAGCGGGCUGCACUGUGGUGCUGUUCAAUGCCAAACGUCAGACACAGGCCUAUCUGGUCAAUACCUCCCGCAAAGCAUUCACAUCCGUCGCCUUCUCACGCUGCGGCCGGUAUGUGGCCACCGGCGAAUGUGGCAUCAAUCCGGCCAUCAAAGUCUGGGAGCUGGAGACGCCCAAUGGCAAUCUGGAGCACUGCACCGGCGGCAGUGUUAUUGCCGAUUUUGUGGAUCACAAAUAUGCCGUCACCUGUGUGGCCUUCUCGCCCACGGGAAAGUACCUGGUUUCAGUUGGCUCACAGCACGACAUGAUCGUAAACGUGUUCGACUGGCGGGCCAACCUAAAGAUGGCCUCGAAUAAGAUUAGCUCCAAGGUGGCUGCCGUUUGCUUUGCCGAAGACGGCACCUACUUUGUCACCGUGGGCAAUCGUCAUGUCAAAUAUUGGUACUUGGAAGGAUCCCGCAGGUACAAAGAUCCCAUCCCUCUGAUGGGACGCAGCGCUAUUUUGGGCGAUUUGCGGGACAAUGAUUUCUGUGCCGUGGCCUGCGGCAAGGGGAUCUGUGCGGAGAGCACGUAUGCCAUCACCCGCCAGGGCCAUCUGGUGGAGUUCAGUUCGCGGCGAUUGCUGGACAAAUGGGUGCAGUGCCGCACCACAAAUGCCAAUUGCAUUUGCGUCAACGAGAACUUCAUACUCGUGGGUUGUGCCGAGUCCAUCAUUCGCAUCUUCAAUGCGGCCACGUUGGAGUACGUGACCACGCUGCCCCGGACCCAUUAUCUGGGCGUGGAUGUGGCCCAGGGCAUACAGAUCAAUCACAUCAUGUCGGUGCCGCAGCAGGCCAAGUUUCCCGAUUGCAUUGCCAUGGUGUUCGAUGAGCAGCGAUCGAAGGUGAGCUGCGUCUACAACGAUCAUUCGCUGUACAUUUGGGAUCUGCGCGAUAUCACGCGGGUGGGCAAGUCGCACUCGUUCCUGUAUCACUCCACGUGCAUUUGGGGCGUGGAGACAGUGCCAUAUAAUCUGGAGCGAGAGCCAUCGCAGACGCUGCCGGAGGAUUGCUUUGUGACCUGCUCCUCGGACGAUACGAUACGCGUCUGGGGCCUGGACGGAUGUGCCAACAAUGAGAUCUAUCGCAAGAACAUCUACUCCAAGGACCUGCUGAAGAUCGUCUACAGCGACGAGGAGCUGCAGUUUAUCAAGGACCAGGGCUGCGCCUCGAUGUCCGACAAGACGGGCAGCUCCUCCUACGACGGCCGCAACGGUGUGCGCUGCAUCAAGAUCAGCCCCGAGCUGCGGCAUCUGGCCAGCGGCGACCGGUGCGGCAACAUACGGGUCUACAACCUGGUCAAUCUCAAGCUGAUGACCACCAUCGAGGCGCACGAGUCGGAGGUGCUGUGUCUGGAGUACUCCAACGAUAAGAUCGAACGCAAGCUGCUGGCAAGUGCCAGUCGCGAUCGUCUCAUACAUGUCUUCGAUGUGGCCCAGGACUAUCUGCUGCUGCAGACGCUCGACGAUCACAGCUCCUCAAUCACAUCGAUCAAGUUUGUGGGCGCUGGACUGAACUUCCAGAUGAUAAGCUGUGGUGCGGAUAAAUCCAUAAUGUUCCGAAGCUUUCAGGGCAACAUCUUUAUGCGGGGCACCAAUACCUCGGGCAAGACCACGCUCUACGACAUGGAGGUGGACUCGAAUUCCAAACAUAUCCUCACCGCCUGCCAGGAUCGCAAUGUCCGCGUGUAUGGCACCCAGAAUGCCAAGCAAACAAAGACCUUCAAGGGCUCCCAUUCGGAUGAGGGCAGCCUCAUCAAACUCAGCCUCGAUCCCAGUGGGAUCUAUGUGGCCACCUCCUGCACGGACAAAACCCUGGCCGUCUACGACUACUACUCGAGUGAGUGCAUGGCGCGCAUGUACGGUCACAGUGAGCUGGUCACGGGGUUGAAGUUCACCAACGAUUGCCGGCAUUUGAUUUCGGCCAGCGGCGACGGCUGCAUCUUCAUUUGGCAAGUCCCACAUGACAUGAUUGUGACCAUGCAGGCCAGAAUGUCACAGCAGCGUCUACGUUCUGGUCAUGGCCCGUUGCCGCGUCCCCUGGCGCCCAUAUCCCCGCCAGAGGGCAUUGUGCUGGAGUCGCCCACCAGCGAAAUAGAACAGCCGCAAAUGGUGCCGAAAUUCGCAGUGGCCGACCGGCUGUCGGAUGUGGGACAGCUGCCGCAGUGGGCCAUGCGAAAGGCGGCGGCGGGCGGCGACUCCGAUAGCGGUGCCCUGUCCAUACCCACACCCAGUGCCCAGGGAGGAUCGUCGUCCAUUCCAGCCAUGCAUGCGGCCUCCUCGAUGGGCAAUCUCAGCUCCUCGCCCAGCCAGCAAUUAGGAAUGAUGGCGCCCAGGGCGCGCGGACGCUGGGCGCAGCGUAGCAGUCAGCUGGAGGCAGAUGAUCUGCGCUCCAAUUCGGAGAGCCCCUUGGGCACAGUCUCCUCCGUGGGCGGCCAUAGCGGUGUGAAUGUGCAGACGUCGGACUACAACAGUGCCUCGUCCAAGGACAUCAUGUACAAUCAGACAUAUCUCAGCGAGGACUCGUCCAUCGAUUCGGGCAUGGAGACGCGCCGCGGCGAGCUCAAGUUCAUUGGCAGCAGCAACAAUGGCACCGUGACCGUCUCCGUGUCAUCCUCCUCCUCCCUGGCGGCGGCCAACAACAGCAAUGGUGCCAUGGCAGCUGUCGGCGUCGGCCAGCAGCGGCUGCAGCUGCCCGACAAACGGAAGCCCGGUCUGCGCUUCGAUACGCCGCACACCCACGAUCACGAUGGCGAUGUGGAGGACAUUUCCGAUGGCGAAAGAACCAGCUCCGACCAUGGAAUGUUCUACAAUAAUCUGGCGCCCAGUACACCCACUGACUUCAAAGUGACGGCCAUGAACGAGGACGAGCUGCGGAAGUCGGUGCGGCGACAGAAGUUUGAAAAGUCCGGCCUGCAGCUGCCGACGGCCAGUGGCAAUGGCAGUUCCCAUACCGCCAGCACGGGCACGGGCACUGGGACAUCGGACACCGAGGACGAGGGCUCCACGCCGAGUGCCGAGAAUGCGGAACGUUCGCUGGCCUCCACUUUGGGUGGCAGCAAUGAGAAUCUGCCGCAGAGCAGCAAUAGCUUCCUUCAUGCAGCCCUGCCCGAGGGACCCGGAAUGACGGCGCCCCUGGAGCGUGGCACAACCAGUCGUCGCAGCAUCAGUGCCAAGCACAAUACGGAGUCCAGCAAGGGGGGUGUCUCGGCACCGCCCACCAUCACCAAGUCAUAUACUAGCACCAAGAAGGAGGAGCUGCUGCAGGUCAUCAACAAGGUCAAACAGCAGCUGGAGAAUGGUACCCGCAAAAAUGGCAUCAAAAAGUUAAAUGCUAUAGCCGAGGUCGGCCAUAGACCCCUGAGGGGUAGCCAUAGCAUAUCGGAUCUGAGUCUGGCUGGAAAUUUGGAUGGUUCAAGGACAGCGGGUGGUACUCCAGGACGUUAUACAAAGCCAGUUGCUUCCCAUGAAACUUCGCAGUAUAUUAGCUCCUCCGAUUCACCAACAAAUGCCACACCACCACCCAGAAAUAUUCAACAACAACCACAACCUCAAAGAUCUGAACAACAGUCUUUCCAACACAAAUCGCAUGCUGGAGCCUCUCAGCAAUUCUUCAACUGUGCGGCACCCAAAUCCAAGUUGCAGCAGAAUUUCCAGACCAUGCGACAAGUGCAACAGCACUAUCCGCCGUAUCCCCACCAUGUGGGAGUGCAUCAGAUUCAUCCGCCCCCGGGAGUGCCCUUCGGUGGCGGCGGAUCUGCCCAUACGAUGCGAAUGCAGACUCAGACAGCGCCUGCACGGCAGGGUGUAAAGCGGAAUCCGGCAGGAAACAAUAGACGCACGCCCAGCAUCCUGAAGCACUACAAAUCGUGUCCCGUGUCGCCCGUCCACGAGGAGGUGGAGUGGUCUGCAGAAUCAGAGCGCGGUGGAAUGAUGACAGCAGAGCCCAAGCGACAUUCGGUGUACGCAGAUGAUGCUCGGACAAUACUGGACAUGAUCCAUGCGGAUACCGAGAAGAUGAUCGAUGAGAUCACGCGAAAGUACGGGGAUCUGGAUGAGAUGCCAAUGGGCGGAGGCGGGGGCCUGCCCGCCUCCUACUCGAUGCCGGCCAACCUGCGGGGGCUCGGCUCCACGGGGGAGUCCACACCCACCCGCACGCAGUGUACCUAUGUGUAUCGGGAGAUCUACCAGUGCGAGCGGAAGGUCUCCCUCUCGGACAUCCUGCAGCCGGAGCAGUUUGCGGCCCGCGAACAGCGCCUGGAGGAGGCCCGCUUCCUGGAGACGCAGCGCCACUCCAGUGCCAGCUUUUUCCUCAGCAGCUCUGGCCAGAUGCCGCACGAGCACAGCCAAGAGUCACUCCUGUCCGAUGGCGGCAGCUACUGCAACAGCCUGGAGAGUGUCCUCUCGGACGAGAGCGACUGCAAGAGUGCCCCGCUGGAGCAGGCACUGCUCGAGCAGCGUCCCCUGCAGGCAGCGGCUAUGCAGCGCCAUGCGGGCAUCCGGAAUUUCAUCAUCCACGGACCCGUGUCCAAGUCGUACGGGAACAGUCCCAAUGCCUAUGGCAGCUUUGAUUACUACAUGAGGCAGGCGGCAGCGGCCAGAACCACAACGACAUCGGCUACCUACGACAGCUUCGAUGUGACGGGCUACAAUCUGGAGCCCCUGAAGCCGCUGCCCAACUCAAAGACGUAUCCCCGGAUAGCCCAGGGUCCAGGGACAAUGGAUAACAUACCCACAAUGCGCUCCAAGAACAAGCAGUACAACUCCGGUGUGAACAAAUCCCUAAGCACAGACUUUGCCCAGCAGCGGCAGCAGCGCAACUCGAAUCCCAUGCAGACCAGGGAGCCUCUGUUCGUACGGAAACCCUUGAAGCCCAAGCCACCGGUGCCUGCUAAGCCACAGAAUCUGAUGAGCACAUUGACCUGCUUGGAGAAGCAGCAGCAGGCACAGAAGAAGAAAUCACAGUCCAGGACGGCCAGUGUGGUGCAGCAGUUCGAGCAUAAUUUGCAGAAGUUUGAGCGGGAGAAGCAGCGAGAGCAUCAGCAAAGGCGACCGGCCAUGAGGAGUUCGGUGAGCAGUGGAGCCCUGGCUGGGACACAGAGCUGUCUGAAAAAGGUCUCACGCUUCGAUACGAGCGAGAGCAGCCGGCGGGCCACUAGCAUGAAGCAGCGGAUGGGCAGGCCCAAGAUCAGUGUGCGCUUCAACACGGUCUCACAGAUCAAGUACACGCCCAGUGCCAAGCGGAACGCAAAGAACAACCAUGAAGAUGAGGAUGUGCCCGAAUUGGAGGUGGGAAGCCUGCCCAGUGAUUAUGGAGAACGUAGCUUUGAGAUGUACUUUGCGGAGAAUGGGAACGCACCCGAGAAUCUCGAGCAUAUGCAGAGCCUCAAGCUCUAUACGAAGCCGCAACUGCAGGCCGUUGUAGAUGAGAUCCAGCAGGAGCGUGAAAAGUAUCGAAAGAACAUGGACAAUGCGGAGAGAAGCGGCGAGAGUGGCGGCGGCAACUCCACCAGCCAUCAGUGCCAGAAUAUAGCCAAAAAGAUUGACAUUAUCGAGAAGCUCAUAGCCAUGGAGGAGCGCAAAAUGGAGCAGAUACGCCUGGCCACCGAGUCGCGGUUGCGUCCCUUCAACUGCAAUUCCAAGGAGAAGGGCUACGUGAAGAGCCUCACCAUGAAUUUCGAUAUGCUGGCCCGGGGGGAGCCACCCGAUGAGGAUCUGGUCGAGGAUCAGGCCUCGAGAGAUGCCGAUUUGUGUGCCUAUGCGAGGAAUAUGCGAAGGAACUGCAGCCUGCCGGAUGUCCUGGAGAGUGCGGAUUUUGCCUACCAUUUAGGUGGCAAUGAAGUGGAACUGGCCAAAGAGGUCAUUGCAGAUGAUGAACCAGGCAACAACCCCAUGGAUAUCAAUGAUGAGGAUGAUGCGGAUGAUGAUGAUCAUGCCUCGGAUGGUGUUUUUAUGACGGAGCAAGGUAAUCCCAAAACGCUCAAUCCCAUGCCCAUCGAGGAGUCAUCCAUACGCCGUGCCUGCUCGCUGAGUGACCUGCACAUGGGCAACUUUGGCAAGCCAAGCAAAUCGAAUGGAACACCGCAAAAGCCUCAAGUCCAGCAUCGCAAUGGCAAUGUAAACAGAUCGGCCAGCAAACGCAACAGUCUGCAGGGAAAGACUGGACUGGGUGCCUCUAGUAACUCCAUGAAUGUCCUCAAUCAGGGUAGCGACUCGGAGCCCGAAGACAGCAAUCGGUUGCGCAGUACCAGCAAUGGCCAGGGACGCAGCAAUGGACCCAUUGCUGCCAGUCGACAGUAUAGCAACAAGAUCAACAAUGUCAACAACAAUCGUCGCAAGACGCCAAACUUUAGCAGUGCCACACCCAUGCAGGAUGAUUCCAGCUCCGAGGAGACGCCCAAUAGCACCGUCAACAACAAGCCAAUAGUGCCGCCACGACCGCGUAACUUGGCCUUUGAUCACAAGAGCAAACUGAUCAACAACAGCAGUCCCGUCGCCAAUGCCAACAAGCAAAGAAGUGGAGUGGCGACUGCAGAAGAUUAUGAAGGAGCAGAUCCUGAGGCCCAGGUCCACAAUGUGAUCAAUAAACUUUAUACGACAACGCAGGCAGCCAUGCAGCUGCAUGCCAACUUGAAGAACACUCUGCUGCUGAAGGAACUGGAGAAUGCAUUGAUCAUGUCCAGGAAUAUGCUCAGCAGCAUUCCCACAAAUAGACAAACGGAAAAGACAAAUAAUGGGGGAGGAGUGGGAUUGGGAGUUGGUGGGGGAACCAAUUAUGAGCAGCUGACAGCUGAGAAUGGAGACUAUCUGAUGAUGGUCAAUAACUGUGCCGAUCUAUUGAGCAAUUUACGCACGAAGCACAAACCCGAUGACUGUGAGAAUAACUCCUAGUGUGUAGAGCUUAGGCUAGACUAAUCGAAGGCAGUGCCCAAAAAAACUGCGCAGGAGAUACAACUAACUAAAAGGAUAUUUAUUUAACUAAACACUCUGGCAGAAGGCAAACAAACAAACAACCAACCAACACACACAACAGACACAAACCAACCAAGCAACUAAUUUGUAAUUAAUAAAAAUUAAUAACAAUUAAUUAAUGUAAUCUUUUGCUUAGUUAUUAGAUCCGUUGAUAAGAAUUCUGUUUCAUUUUGUGCCCGAGUGCAUUUCAAUUUUAAACACUAAUUUAUAUGGCAAUAAAAGUCCGUUUAGCUUUGAAUUCAAUUCUAUAAAUGUUAAGUUUAAUAAGCAGUGUUUUUCGUAUGUGUUAAGUGUUAUUUGAGUUUAAGGCGAGAAUGAUAUGGACCGGCGAAUGAUGAUGAUCGUGAUGAUAUAUCGAAUGUACUAAUUGUUGUAAAGUGCGCUUACAUUAUGCCUUCUUUGUAUAUGAUUUUCUAUUUGUAUUUGUAUUCCAAUCUUUGUUCUGUUGUUACCUUUCGAUAUUGUGUUUUUUGUGGGGCUUAGUCAAAAUGUACAAGACCAGAACACUAUUAUGCAGGUACUCGUAUGAGAUGACGGAAGAGAAUUUUGUGUCAAAUUUUAAUAUUCCAAAAUUUCAAUUAUCCAUAUAUAUAUAUAUACUAUAUAUUGUAUUGCCUACUCCAACAUUAUACUUAUGCCACACGAUUAUCAGAGUAAUGCUUAUGUGAAUGAACUAUCUACUCCGAUCCGAGUCGAUGCUUUAUUCGGAUUGAAAACAUUUAAGCAAGAUUUCCAUUGAACGAUUUCCCAGCACUUUGUUCUGUAAUUAUGCUGUAAUAGUUAAUUAUUCGAUUGUAUUUACAACAAUUAUAACCCUACCUAUAAAUAUAUGCAUAUAUAUACGAUACGAACUUGUAUUAGUCCUAAAAGUUACAUUACAAUAAUUUACAACUAAAUGAAAUGUAUUAAAUUUAACUUAAAUUAGAACAAAACGACACUUACGAUUAAUUAUGCUAUCUGCUAAACUCAAAAACAAAAACUAAAAACAAACAAAACAAAAAAAAAAUAUCAACACCAACUAAUUCAAAACGAAAAUAAUACAUAAUGCAUAAUUUUUG